GGUCAGAAACUGAAAGUGCUGCUGGCCCUUUAAGACUCUCUCUGUCGCCUUGGUAACAGUCAGACAGUAGCCGAGCACCUUUAGCAUGUAAACCAAACAUAUGCGACUUCAAGCGUUUCGGUGUUUCUGUCUCUUUACAGUCGACUUUUACUGACUGAGACUGCUCUCUGACAAACAAAGAUGAGUAGGAGCAGCGAUGACAUCACGCCCGUCAGCUGCACCAUCAAACCUCCUGUCUACCUGCAGAUCGGAGACGUGAAAACAGAUGCAGCACAUUCUGGUGUUUGUGUUGUAGAUGUUGCUCUUCCCUUUGGAAAGCCUGUCAAUAUUGAGGAGAUCACCUUUAAGAACUACUACACAGCCUACGUGACUGUGCGUUUGCUGAGGAGGAGCGGUGGGCAGGAUGCCCCCGCUAAGUGGUGCACUGCUCUGAGAGACCUGCCACUGAUGGACAACCCCCACACCGAGGGGGGCUCCCAGGACUACUGCUCCAUCCACAGGACACAGAUGCAGGUGGAGGCGGACCACGUGGUGUCUGUCAGACUGAUCCUGAGACAGCCGUCCUCAGCCUGGCUCACCUUCAGCCUCGAACACAUCAAAAUAUUCCCUCAUAUUGAGCCGGACCCAGAGAAGGAGGUCUCUGAUUGGCUGUCUGACCUGACCCUGGGUGACCAGCACCCUGACCUGGAGGGUCUCCCAGACCCUCAGACUGUGUCCUCCAGCAUCCAGCAGAUGUGGGCUCUGACUGAGGUGAUGCAGACCAACCAGACCACGGCCUCCAUCGGACGCUUUGACGUGGACGGAUGCUACGACAUCAACCUGCUCUCUCUGACGUAACCUGUUCUCAUAAACAUGGAACACUUCAUGGAAAGAUUCAUCACUAAAACCUCUGAAGAUGCAUACUGUCUGCUGGAGAACCAUUGAGAACUAACUCUGCUGUUUAUUUAUUUAUUGUCAUUAAGUUGGCUAAUGAGAAACUAUCAUGAUUUACUGUGACAUGCCUCUUUAAUGUUCUCAGCUUAAUAGGAAAUGUGGUCUAAACAACACUUGUUUUCAGAGAACAGUAUGAACUGCACUCAUGUGUUUACUCAUGCAGUCAUUUAUUGAGGUGAAAAGUUUACUAACUAAGCUGCUCUUACUCUAAUCUUAAAUAAAAUGUGGCAUUGUAGUCAUCUAAAUCAGCAUUUCUCAAACCUCCUGAAAGCAUCUUGAGUCCUCUUCCUGAUCAAGGCUGAUUCAAACGAUCAGCUUGUUACCAAGCAGCUUCAGGAGUUCAUAACAAGCCGAUUGUUUGAGUGUUGGAGCGGGUAGAGAUCUGAAAACAUUUGAGAAAUGCUGCUCUAAAAAGACUUUGUGUUUAGCAUCAAUAUGCAUCAGUGUGCUGUAACCUACUGACACCAGUGGAUGACUUCUUCUUUAAUUGGCUGAGUCACCAGUCUGCGUUUCAUUCAACACUUUGAAUGUAUAAAAACAUGGAUAACAAGGGAGAGAGUGGUACAUUGUUUCUGUAACGCUGGCAG